CGGACGUCUUAUAUUGAAUGGUAAUGAACGGGAUGAACGGGAACAAAACCGAGCAAAACACUUGACAAACAAUCACGAAAUCACGUGACCAUGGCGGAGCGUUUCUCCCCCGACCAGAAGCGUGAAGAUCAGAAAAAGGACUUAAAGAUGUCAGCAGUCGUAGUGGUGCAUGGUGGUGCGUGGGCCAUACCGGAUGAGCUGGCCAAGGCCUCUGUUGACGGAGUAAAGGUCGCAGCGUGUGAAGGAUUUUCAGUGCUGAAAGGAGGAGGCAGUGCACUGGAUGCUGUAGAGGCAGCUGUGAGAGCUAUGGAAGAUAACGUUGUGUUUAAUGCAGGGCAUGGAGCAGUGCUAAAUGCUGAUGGGGAAAUGGAGCUGGAUGCCAUUAUCAUGGAUGGAAGGACACUUGGCAGUGGUGCGGUGUCUUCAGUGAAGAACAUUGCCAACCCUGUGACACUGGCACGGGCAGUGAUGGAGAAGACUGCCCACAUCAUGUUGACAAGCAGAGGUGCAAACCUGUUUGCAGAGAGCAUCGGCACGGCCACAGUUCCCACUGACACACUGGUGACUGAGUAUGAGAGGAAAGAAUGGGAGAAGCGCAAGAAUUAUGUCACUGGAGUAAUGGAAGAUUUCAACGCUCAGUGGGUCCAUGAUACUGUUGGGGCAGUUGCUGUGGACUGUGCUGGCAAUGUUGCAUGUGCAACAUCAACUGGAGGGAUCAGAAAUAAAAUGGUUGGCCGAGUAGGAGACUCUCCGAUUAUUGGUUCUGGAGGAUACGCAGACAACCUGAGUGGUGCAGUGUCUUGUACUGGUCACGGAGAGUCUAUUCUCAAAGUCACACUGGCCAGACUCAUUCUGUCACAUGUUGAACAAGGUAAAUCAGUGGCAGAUUCUUCACAGUUGUCUCUGCAGUACAUGGCAGACCGUGUCCGAGGUGCGGGAGGCGCUAUUGUAGUUUCCCCAUCAGGACAGUGGGCAGCCACGUUCACCACUGAUCGAAUGGCUUGGGCUGCAGUGGAUCAAGAUGUUCUGUGGUAUGGAUUAGAUCCAAAAGAAAGAUUUAAAGAGCAGUUAUCACAAUAACAAUUUUAAGUUUCAACCUUAUAAGUCAUAGUAUUGAGCAAUGUAAUAGAGAACUGUAUUUCACGUGUUUUCUACUAAUUCACUAUGAUUUAGAACACUUGGUCUUUCUUGGUGGAUUUUUGCUGCUAUUGUUUGUAUCCAAAUCAACUGAGUAGUGUUUCUUCUUUCUAACCUUUGAUGUCAAAGCUAGAUUUGUUAUGUAUUAACAUUGAAACAUAAACUGUAAAAGAUGGAUAAGGUAGAUAUUACAGUAUGUAAGUCUCAACACCUUUGUUAUUUUAGCAAAUAGUCCAUUUAUUGAAAUGUCUUUAAAGGCUCAGUGUGUAGGAUUUAGUGACAUCUAGUGGUGUAAUUGCAGAUCACAAGUCUGUCACUACAUCCCCUUCCAAAAGCAAAUGAGAAACUACAUUGGUCAAGAAACGUGUUCGCCCCCCCA